GGCAGAGUGCAGCGGCAGCCAGCAGGUACAAACAGGUGUCAUUAUGCGCCCUUCCCGAUGCCUGCCUGCACCCGCCAGCACCUGCCAGCACCUGCCAGCACCUGCCAGCACCUGCCUCGCUCUGGAAACUGCUUCUUGGGAAACCAGCACAGCAGUACGUACAAAUCAGUUCUCACUUUGUCUCUGCUGCUCCGAGGGCAUCUCGUCACUUUGGCUCUUUUGAAACAUUUAUGAACACAGUUUUGCAGCUUUGGAUUUGAUUCUAGCUAGUGUGGAGCAAUACUUCUAUGGAUUGAUCUUCCCUAUUAAAAAAAAAGAAAAAAAAGGUUGUUGCAGAACCAGUGGUAUCAGCCGAUCAGAGGAUUAUUAACUCCAGAGACCUUGUGUUUUGGAGCUACUGUGGAAUAGCUCUUUAAGGAAGAGGAAGUCCAUUGCAGAGCUAGCGUUGGUGGGAUCCUCUUCUCAAAGGCAUGUGCUGACUCCUGCUGGUCCAUACACAGCCUGUAGUGAGGUACAGAGAAGGGGACACGCCGCUGGACAAUACAAGAACAGCGCACUCCAGGAGAGGAGAGUUUGUGGUCGGAUCAUGUGCCUGUGCUGAGGGGAGCUCUGGUGCCAUCAUGAGGCUGCCCGCGGCCUCCUCCUCCUCUUCCUCCUCUUCGUCCCCUCUGCCCCUGCUCCUCCUGGGCCUCGCCUGGAUCGCCCUCGUGCCGCACCUGUCCUCCGGAGCUACCCCGUUCCCCCAGGACCUGGAGCCCAUCAGCACUGUGGGCAGAGAUGCGACCUACCUGUACCCCAGCUUCCAGGGCCUCAUGUCGGACAACGACACAGCCCGCCUGGGACUGGACUUCCAGAGGAUGCUGCGGAUCAACCACAUGCUCUACAUCGCUGCCAGGGACCAUGUGUUUGCCAUCAACCUGGCGUCGUCGUCCGAGCAGAUCAUCCCACAGCAGAAGCUGACUUGGAAGACGAAGGACGUGGCCAAGUGCACGGUCCGCGGGAAGAACAGCGAUGAAUGUUACAACUACAUCAAAGUUCUGGUGCCACGGAACGACGAGACCUUGUUCGCCUGUGGGACCAAUGCCUUCAACCCCACCUGCAGGAACUAUAAGAUGUCCACUCUGGAGCAGGAGGGGGAGGAGGUGGUGGGUCAGGCGCGCUGUCCCUUUGAGUCCAGACAGUCCAAUGUUGGAUUGUUUGCUGGUGGGGACUUCUACUCGGCCACCAUGACAGACUUCCUGGCCAGUGACGCAGUGAUCUACCGCAGUCUGGGCGAGAGCAGUCCAGUUCUGAGGACGGUCAAGUACGACUCCAAAUGGCUGAGAGAGCCACAUUUUCUUCAUGCCAUCGAGUACGGGAACUACGUGUACUUCUUCUUCAGUGAGAUCGCCGUGGAGUACACCUCUCUGGGCAAAGUGGUGUUCUCCAGGGUGGCCCGUGUGUGCAAGAACGAUAACGGAGGGUCCCCGCGGGUGCUGGAGAGGUACUGGACGUCCUUCCUCAAAGCCCGGCUAAACUGCUCCGUGCCCGGGGACUCGUUCUUCUACUUCGACGUGCUGCAGUCCCUCACCAACGUCCUGCAGAUCAACUACCGGCCGGCGGUGCUCGGAGUGUUCACCACGCAGGCCAACAGCAUCACAGGCUCAGCGGUGUGUGCCUUCUACAUGGACGACAUCGAGAAGGCCUUCAGCGGGAAAUUCAAGGAGCAGAGGAACAGCGAGUCUGCCUGGACCCCUGUGCCCGAGGAGCAGGUCCCCAAACCCAGACCCGGGUGCUGUGCCGGGGAGGGCUCUGCUGCCUCUUACAAGUCGUCCACCACGUUCCCCGAUGACACCCUCACCUUCAUCAAGUCCUACCCUCUGAUGGAUGAGUCUGUGCCCUCCGUCAACGACCGGCCCUACUUCACCCGCACCACCAGCAGGUUUAAGUUGACUCAGAUUGCCGUGGACACCGCCGCUGGCCCGUAUAAGAACUACACCGUCAUGUUCCUGGGCUCAGACAAUGGUCACGUGCUGAAGAUCCUGGCCAGUACUCAGGGCUCCAACACCACCUUCAACACACAGCUCCUGGAGGACAUGGACAUCUACAACCCAGACAAGUGUACCAUUCGCGGGGACGAGCGGCGCGUACCCGGAGAGGAGCGGCGUGUGCUGGGACUGGAGCUGGACCGGGACCACCACGCUCUGUUUGUGGCCUUCUCCGGCUGUGUGAUCCGAGUGCCCCUCAGCCGCUGUGCCGACUACAGCACCUGCAAGAAGAGCUGUCUGGCCUCUCGCGAUCCUUACUGCGUCUGGCUGAAGUCUGGAACCUGCGCCACUGUGUCGCCCGGAUUCAAGGGCACCUUUGAACAAGACGUGCAAAAUGGUUACCACCAGCACCCUGAUACUUGUCAUGAUGUCCUGGCAACCACUCGCAGGCAGAACACAGCAGCAGAUUCGGCAUAUGGGAAGACCACACCCACAAGCGCCAGCACAACCAAUCAGGGGCCGGCAUUCCCCAAGGAGGCAGGUGACCCACACAGAGGUACAGGUCCCGAAGGCCCUCCCCGAGUGAGGGAGCAGGGGUCACCUGACUCGGAGCCAAUCAGUGUGGAGAUCGAGGGAGUGCGGCGCCCCCCUGAGGUAGAGAAAACCAACCACAGUGUCCACUACACGCUGCUUAUUGCCUGUGUGCUGGUGGCCUUUGUUUUGGGAGCGUUCCUCUCUGGGUUCCUGGUGUCCUGUUACUGUAACCACACCGGGCACAAGACCAAGAAGCUGGCCAAAGACCCAGAAGCCCCCAUCCCACACGCUCUGUCACUGCGCAGCCUAGCCAAGCUCAAUGGGCUUCUUGACAGCCAGAACAAAGAAGACAAGAUGGAGGUGUCCUCUCCAAAGAUCUACAACUCUCUGUUUGGCAACAGCAAAGAGCACCACCUGCCUCGCAGGAAUGGCCACCAUGCGGUUACCAUGGGAGACCUUAUGCACUCACACCAUCACCAUCUGCACCACUCGUCUGAGCUGUCCGGUCUGCCCACGCCAGACUCCACUCCUGAGCUGCCCAUCAAGAGCAUGAAGGCCUUCAAGAAUCAGUGGGAGAAGAACCAGAACUGCAACAACGCCAAAGACAAGUGCGGCCUGUCCAGACCGAGCUCUGCCAUGCUGCCCCAGCAGGUUUAUUCCUACUCCCAUGGUCUGUCCAACGGUCUGCACCCAGAGGAGCGCAAGAUCCACAAUGUGGAGAGGGUGCUGUCCCAGCCCUUCUCCGGCUACCCACAGAAGGUUAUGGAGGUCACCUCUCUGGAUGAGCUGCUCAAGCACAUCCACGAGGGGGGCAGCAGCAGUAAGCCCACCCAACUCAUGAGCCCCUCCAGCCUGAUGGCCAGUGGAGGAGCAGGCCAGCUGGCCUUCUCCAACCGCAUCCAGCCCCAGAUCCCUGAGACCGAGUCGGCUCCAUACUACAGUUCCUCCACAUUGCCUCGGGACAGCCUGACCAGGCGCAUGGAUGUACCCCCAGACAUCCCCCCACACCACCAGUCAACUCUGGAGCGCAGGCACUCCUCCCAGAGGCACUCACUGCUCACUGCAGCCAACAAGAUGGUCGCCAACGGAGGGGGAGUGAUUCCACGGCAGCCCAGUUUUAGCCAAAGGAACGGGGGUCCUCACCAGCCCCCACCCCAUUUGGCUCGAAUGAACUCCACAGGCAGUGGCUGUGAGGUCCACUACCCCCUCAUCCCCAAUGGCUACCUGUCCCGCCAGCACAGCUACACCGGAGAGCAGGACCUGCCCCACAGAGGGGCCGUAGUGCGUCGGGCCUCCUCCCUCAAACCAGACACUCCCCCUAAGCCCCUGUUCAUCCCAGCCUCCUCCCCGGUCAACCAACCGGGCAAGUUCAACUACUGAGGACUAGACCAGGACUGGGACUCACUGUUUGUAGAGGAACAGACCUGACUCACGAUCAGACCUGAGGCCCCCUGGUGGUCAUGUGACUGCAGUGUCACACUGGACAAGCCUCAGCUGAACGUGGUUCCUCUUGUCUGUCCAGCGAAUAUCUCUGUACCAUAUUGGUAUUGCUGGGCUCCCUGCUUUCCUACAGACCGCUGAUUGGGAUGGCGUGAUGCCACCUUAUUUUAAACUGCCAACGUCGUGUAUGGAUUUACUAAACCACUUUGUUUGGACGAGUACAGAAGGACUUUGUGUUAAAGACUUCAAACCCAGGAUCCUGCUCCGCUUGGAUACAUGCUUUUGCUUAACCUUUUCUGAUGUAGUGUUGGAGCAGCCCCGCCCACCUCUGAUGUGUUCUAUUAUGCAUGUGUGUGUAUAUAUGUGUGUGUUUAUAGCCACACCGUAUAUGUAUACAUAUACAUAUGCAGUCUGUGCAAGUCGUGGUCCAGUCAGAGUCCCCUGAGUAGUUAGGCCUGAUUAAUAAUCUCUCAUCUUUGGGCAAAUUAAACUCUCCCCCAGAUCAAACAGAAGCUAGGACCUCCAGUCCACGCUCUGCAUUUGCCAAACUCUCUCUGACUUAAGUCUGGUGUGGAGCUGAGGAGCAGGUCAGAUCCUCUCUCCUCUUCCCCUCUCUUCCUCCUCUUUGCUCCCUCUAUAAUCUUCCCCCUCUCUUUUGUCUUUUCUCUCAUCACCCUUUUCUCUCUACCAUCUGCUCUCCUCUCUCUCCCUUCUCUCCUCCCCUCUCUCCUCCCCUCUCUCCACCUCUCUCGGAAGGCGGCGCGCUCACAGAAUGGACUACCGGUCUACUUAUUCACUUUGUGUGCUAUUGGUUGUAAAUAAAGGAAUAACUACUAGCCAAAUCUUUACCUGUAUGUGUUAAUGUGUGCCUUAUUUAAGACCGAAGGAAGGGAGGGGCGAUGCAAGGGGCUCCAGUGUGUUACCCACUGUCUUUUGGUUCAUUUGAUUUAAAUUUUUUGUACGCUUGUCAAUGUGUCAUGGAGUGAAGCGUUCAUUCCACCCAUGUAUUAGCCAUAUGCGACUGUGAGUUUUUUGUUACAUAUUAAUACGAGAUGACAGUAUUUUACUACACAUGUGUUUAUGAGAUCUGGAAUGUUCUACCCACAUCCCUCAAGUGUGAAGAUGCUGGACUCAAUGGCAGAUCUAUACAAAUACACCUUUUAUCUUAUACUGACUCGCAGUUUCUGGUUGUUAUUAUAUCUUCCUGUUUUUCAAUCGGGAUGACAUCUCCAACAGUUUGUGGCCAGCUGGCAGUGGAAAGUGUGGACUAAGUUAUGAGGAACUGGUUAAUAUACCGUUUUUAGAUUUAGUUUUGGAUCACUCUCACCAAACUACAUCCAUGAUGUGAACCAACCCCAAGGCCCGGUCCCUCUGCUUUAACCUGUACAUCGGCCAUUUUAAUAUUCUCAUUCAAUGAAAUGACAUAAAAGCAGCGAAAGAAUGCUGAUGCCAAUUUCAGAAAAUAUGCAGAUAUUUACAGUAUAUGAUGAUUUAUCAAAUUUAAAAGGAUUUUGCUCUUAAAGGGCACAUAUGCUUACACUUUUAAGCAUAAACAGAUCUGGCCAUUUUGUGGCCUGUUUUAAUCUGGGGCCCCGCAAGUUUUAGAUCAUUAUUAUGGCAUAGCAAUGCAUUACAGCAGCCUAUAUGUUACAGAAAUAUCCACAUGUCUGGAUUCGAAUAUGGUCCUUGGGGGAGAAAAAAAUAAUUACCCACCCCUGGUGGUCUGGAGGGUCUGAUCCAAAGGACAGUGGGAUAGUCAUUGUCCAAAGUAGCACAUCAUUGGCUGAGCAAUAGAAAAAGGACUGUCUUGAGUUUUUUUUUUCCUGAAGAAUGGGUCAAAAAUGAAAGUCCUGCUCACCUCACACUUGGUCCACCUCUUCACUGCCAGCGUCUCACCAGCUCACAGCUCCUCUUUAGAGUCAUUAGAAUGCAUGGGAGUAACACGGUUUAUGCACAGCCUCAAUGAACAUGGAUUAUGAUGAUGGCAAAUCAACUAAAGACACUUUGAACCUUAAAGUGCGUAUGACACGUUCGACUCCUCAUUUGACUAAAACACAGUUAAGAUAAUUCUACUUGUAUUUCCGAAUUUGAAAAUGGUGACAUUACACUAGGGAAUUUCAUAACUGCAACCUAUAGCAACGGUGUAGUAAACUGAGCCAUAACCUCUCUAAUGUACACAGAAAUUAUUAUUUUAAUUAUUUUGGUGAAUAUAUUUUUAAGGGAUAGAAUUCUGAGUCUCCCUAGGUGAUGUCAUCAAUAUUUUUUUGAACUCUGCUCUCUACUUCCUGUAAUUUUCAACUUUUUUUUCAACUUUUCAUCACAAACUUCUUCACAAACAUUUAUUUUUACAACAUGUACUCUCCCACCAAAUUAAGUCACAACUAUAAGACCCAAAAAGCAUGUCAUACGCACUUUAAGAUUUAAGAUUUAGGUUAGUUUAGUUAAUACAAGUUGAAACUAUAAUGGCUGACGGCUUCUAUGUAUCCAGUCUAGAAACAAUAUAAUGGAUGUGAAUGUGAAACAAAAUGAAAAAUGACAGAUUUCAAAAUGUACAUCCAAAAUUUAGUUGUAAAAAUAUUUUCAGGUCAGAUUUAAGUCCACUCUGACAAGUUGAGCUCAUUACUUCUGUAUAUCCCCCUCCUCAUAUUUAUGUUUGUCUGUAUAUUGAUUCAAAUUUCCCCAAAGUACGGCACCGCUAAAUGAAAAGAUAUGCGGCCACGAAGGGUCGUUUAGUUCUUAAUGAUAGAUUUGGAGAUUAAAAAGCAGCGGAGCAUUAAAUAGGCUUUGAAAAUGGUCGAAUAUUGUAGUCAUUACGUCUGUGAAGAGGAAUUGUGGCAGCUAACAGUUAUUUUGUUUAAAGAACACAUAUUAUGCAAAUUUGACUUUUUGGACCCUUUAGCCAUGUUAUACUGUUCCCUUAUCGAAAACAUCCCUGGAGUUGUAUUUUGCUUCACUCACACUUUUCAUUUAUCUAAAGUUGUCUUCUCUGAGCACUUAAAAAAAAUAUGUUUGCGUUUUGCCAGUUUUGUUGCAUCAUAGGUCAAAGUCUGGAUUUCUCUUACACAUUUAUUUUAAGUUGGGUUAAAAACCCAUACCCACGAACACAUUUCAAAUAGAGCUGAUAAACCGGUCUGGAAAAACACUUCAAACUCCACUCCUUCAGCCACAUGUUUGUAAUUAGAAACACCUGGCAGAAAUUGGGGUAGUCAUGGGUGCUGUCACCAACUACAGGUAGUUGUGGUGGCCACUGGAGCAGCACACACUAUUAAUUGCCAGAACUGGCCUAAAACAGAUUGUUGUUAAAACACCAGUUUUUCAGUUCCAUUUUAAGUUAGAAAAUGUGAAAUACUUAUCCCAAGUUGACCAAAAGCAUGUUUUAAAAGGGAAUUAAAGCUACAAGAAUGCAUCAUAUGUGUUCUUUACUUUUGUUUUUAUUUUAUUUUCUUGUUUCUGAGGAGAGGGGACUGGUCUCACUUUCAGUUGGUGUAAAUACAUUACCCGGUGGAUCCCAUUGGGUCAGUGUUCUGUUGAUUUCCAGGAUAAAGCUUUUCUUGGAUUCUUCAAAAUUUGGUCUCAUAGAAAACCAUUGUAUGUCUCUUAUACUAGGAAUAAAAAGAAACUAUGAUGCAA